CAAAAGAAAUGAAAUAAUAACUAAAUUCUAACCGUAGUAAUCAUGUAAUAUUAAAGAUAUUAUUUAUGGGAAUAGUUGAAAGCCCUCUUUAUCUUGCUUAGGGGUUUCCAAUAAUCAAAUCAGUGCUGGACUUUUUUUUUUAGGCAUAGCUGCCCCCCUGUUAAUAAUAUAUUUUAUUAAAAGCUUUACAAAAUGAUCCUAAUAUACUUGAAAUACUUAGAGGGCUGCAGUUUAUAAAAUCAAGAGUCUACCUUGUUGCUGUUUCAUUUUUUUUACCAUAACCCGCAGAAGGAAUACAGUUGACAUCACAGUCCUCUGUGUAAAUGUGUGUUUAUGUGUGCCAUCGUAAACAUCGCUGCACUAGGUGGCAAUCUUCAUUACUAUUCAUUUGUAUAUGUGUAGUCAACCAACGAAAGGAAUCAUUAGAAACGGGGUAGGAAUGUUGAAACUUAGAACUGGAAGUUGCCAGAGAAAAUACGUGCCCUGGCCAGCUCCACAGGACUAGUUCUAGGCAAUCUGAAGGAAAUCAGAAAAUGUGAAUGUCUCUUCCCUCAAAAAGCUAUACUGAAGUAGUAGUUAAUAUUCAAGUACUUGUAAAUUUGCAGAACAGUACUUUUUAAUUUGACCCAUGAAUUCUAUUUAAAUUUGUCACUUAAUAUUUAGCCAAGAAGCAAACCAUCUAAAAAGAUUUCUAGUUUAUUUCUCCAACUCCUAAUAAAUAGGGUCACAUAUUUUUUAACUGUUUUCUAAUUUGAGAAGUAAUACAGGUAUGUGGUAUUUUUAAAAUGAAACAACACAAAGGGAUAUGUUUUGAAAAGUGGUUCUUGCCAUCCCUGAACUAGAAUCAUCCCUAACAUAUUCAUACCUGUUUUCAUUUUAAAACUUGCAUCCGUUUUUUUAUUAGUACAUGUAUUUCUAUCCUACUGAUUUAUUUGCGAUAUCAUCUAAUUUAGUUUCAAUAUUCCAUAAUUUACUUAAUCAGUCCUCCAUGAAGACCUGGCUGGCUCUUCUCAGUGUCUUACUAUUAUUAUAAACAGUGUUACAGUGAAUAUUGUUGUAUAUAAAUCCGUACACACCACAUAACAUAUCUUAAAUUCCUGGAAGAGAUAUUGCUAAACCAGAAGAUAACCUGCAUUUAAAAUUUUGACUGCUAGGGUCAGGGUCACAUUUAAAUGAAAUUAGAACAAAGGAAUUGCCUAAUUUUCUUUGAUAGCAAUCUAUUCCAGUAUGCACCGUGAGUCACAAAGGAAAGCAAAACUGUCAAGAACUUUCUUCUCGGACUUUUGGUUUAAUGUGUUCUGAUGGGUUAAUAAUUUGUCUCAUUUCUCUUCAUCAUAAUGACCUUAAGAAUAUAUGUACCCCACUCUUUUUCCAGAAUUAACCACAACUUUUCACAGUAACUGAAUCAGUGCCACAAUGGUACAUUCAACCAGUGGGGCUUCAGGAUGUGAAAUAGACAAUAUUAGUUCUGGGUCACUGUUACUACCAAAUACUUCCUUGACCCUUUAAGUCUGUAUAUUUUUAUCUGUAAAGUGACAUCCAUGGAUGUCACUGUACACUUCAUAGAAAUGAGUACACAGAAUAAUACUCAUGGCAGGGCUGGGUGCGGUGGCUCAUGCCUAUAGUUCCAGCACUUUGGGAGGCUGAGGCAGGCAGAUCACUUGAACCUGGGAGGCAGAGGUUGCAGUGAGCCGAGAUCUCGCCUCUGCACUCCAGCCAGGGUGACAGAGCGAGACCCUGUCUCAAAAAAAAAAAAAAAAGAAAUAAUACUUGCAGCACCACUGGCCACACUGUAAAAUUCAGGUUCAGAAAAACAGGGUAAGUCACAGACAGCAACCCUUCCAGCAUUUAUUUUCUUUGCAUCCAUGUGCAAUUUGAGAAAAUUUACUUUUAGAAAGAACUCUGUUAAAGAUACAGACGAUACAGUACUUUUUAUUCAGAAAGUUUCUGCAUAAAGGUGAUAGUCUUUUGACUUAAUAUAUUCUUGUCUCCUACGUUGUGUUUUUGGAAUGAAUUAAGAUCAUUAUUUAGAGGAUAAUAAUCUGGGUUAUAUUUGUGUCAUCAGAUUGAAUUUUCAUUGCACAUGCUACAUAAUGUCAAUUAUUAUAACCAAAUAAUAACAAAGGGAAAGAAAACCAAAUAUGGAUGAAUAAUAAGGAAAAGCUGGCCUAUAGAAAAUACCAAACCAGGUAACAGUAGCAAAGUUUAAGCCAAUGUUGUUUUUAAAAUGUCAUGUACGUGGAAAAACAUUUAACUUUAGUUUUCUUUGGGUGGUGGUUAAAAGUUAUAAGUGAUUAAAAGUUUUUUUUAUUUUUCUGCAGUGAACAUGAUGUGACCUUGCAAUUUAAAAAGCCAACGCCCUUUUAAGAAAGAUAUGUCUAUGAGUAGUCCUCCAACUUCAUUUUCUCUCGUUUCUUCUUCCCUCACUUUUCUAAGUUUUUCUUCAUUAACCUCAUUUUUCUUUAGCUUGUUUGCAUGCUUUCUUGCUUUUGUGUUUUUGUUUUUCCUGGGUAUGAUAGAGAAUUAGUCCCACUCUCCAAGUAUGUAAAUCAAGGAGUGAAUUUUCAAGUAGACAAAAAUGAUGUACAGCAUCCUUGCGUUCUCCACCCAUCUCUGCAUUUGUUAGCUCUUGUUUUUAGCUGGGAAAAAGCCAGUUACCACCAUUUUAACGUUUCAGGUGUUCUUCAUUCAUUUUGAAAAGCUGACUGAUUAAAGAAAUAAGGAUAAUCCUCUAUGAAUUAUCCUGAACUGACUUAUAAUAUAUUGUUUGAAUCCCUGUUAUCACCUUCUGUUUCUUUAACAAUAUUUUGUAAAGUGUGUUUCACAUAACAGCAGAUAAUCACCAGAAUGGGAGUGAAUGACUUGUGGCAAAUUUUGGAGCCUGUUAAGCAACACAUUCCCUUGCGUAAUCUUGGUGGGAAAACCAUUGCAGUUGAUCUGAGUCUCUGGGUGUGUGAGGCACAGACGGUCAAAAAAAUGAUGGGCAGCGUCGUGAAGCCCCACCUCAGGAACUUAUUUUUUCGUAUCUCAUAUUUAACACAAAUGGAUGUAAAACUGGUGUUUGUUAUGGAAGGGGAACCACCAAAGCUGAAAGCUGAUGUCAUAAGCAAGAGGAAUCAGACUCGGUAUGGGUCUUCUGGAAAAUCGUGGUCUCAGAAAACAGGGAGAUCACAUUUUAAAUCAGUCUUAAGAGAGUGCCUCGAUAUGCUCGAAUGCUUAGGAAUCCCCUGGGUUCAGGCUGCUGGGGAAGCUGAAGCCAUGUGUGCUUAUCUCAAUGCUGGUGGUCAUGUCGAUGGCUGCCUCACCAAUGAUGGCGAUACUUUCCUUUAUGGGGCCCAGACUGUUUACAGGAAUUUCACUAUGAAUACAAAGGACCCACAUGUUGACUGUUACACAAUGUCAACUAUCAAGAGUAAACUAGGUUUGGACAGAGAUGCUCUGGUUGGAUUAGCAAUACUUCUUGGUUGUGAUUAUCUCCCAAAGGGAGUCCCUGGAGUUGGAAAAGAGCAAGCAUUAAAACUUAUACAGAUUUUGAAAGGGCAAAGUUUACUUCAGAGGUUUAAUCGGUGGAAUGAAACAUCUUGUAACUCUAGUCCACAACCGCUAGUCACUAAAAAGCUGGCUCAUUGUUCUGUAUGUUCCCAUCCAGGUUCACCUAAGGAUCAUGAACGUAAUGGAUGCAGAUUAUGUAAAAGUGAUAAAUAUUGUGAGCCACAUGACUAUGAAUAUUGCUGCCCUUGCGAGUGGCACCGCACAGAACAUGAUAGGCAACUCAAUGAAGUAGAGAACAAUAUGAAGAAGAAAGCUUGCAGUUGUGAGGGAUUCCCAUUCCAUGAGGUUAUUCAAGAAUUCCUUUUAAACAAGGAUAAAUUGGUGAAGGUUAUCAGGUACCAAAGACCUGAUUUGUUAUUGUUUCAGAGAUUUACUCUUGAAAAAAUGGAGUGGCCCAAUCACUAUGCAUGUGAGAAAUUGCUGGUACUUUUGACCCGUUACGACAUGAUAGAAAGAAAGCUUGGUAGCAGAAACUCUAAUCAACUACAGCCCAUUCGAAUUGUUAAGACCCGAAUCAGAAAUGGAGUUCAUUGUUUUGAAAUAGAAUGGGAAAAGCCUGAACAUUAUGCUGUGGAAGAUAAACAACAUGCAGAAUUUGCUCUGCUAACAAUAGAAGAAGAAUCAUUGUUUGAAGCAGCAUAUCCUGAGAUCGUUGCUAUUUACCAAAAACAAAAGUUAGAAAUUAAAGGGAAGAAACAAAAACGUAUUAAGCCUAAAGAAAAUAAUUUGCCAGAACCAGAUGAAGUAAUGAGCUUUCAGUCACACAUGACUUUAAAACCCACAUGUGAAAUCUUCCAUAAGCAGAAUUCCAAGUUAAAUUUGGGGAUUUCCCCUGAUUCUGCAUUACCACAGGAAUCUAUAUCUGCCUCAUUGAAUAGCUUGCUUUUACCUAAACCUACUCCAUGUUUGAAUGUACAAGAACAGUUCAUGUCUUCUCCAAGACCUUUGGCUAUACAGCAAAUUAAAGCUGUCAGUAAGUCUCUAAUUUCAGAAUCUAGUCAACCCAGUACCUCAUCUCAUAAUAUAUCUGUGAUUACUGAUCUACACUUGAGCGCUAUUGACUGGGAAGGUACAUCUUUUAGUAAUUCUCCAACUAUUCAAAGGAAUACUUUUUCUCACGGUUUAAAAUCAGAAGUUGAAUCAGAGCUAUCAGCCAUCCCUGGUGGCUUUGAAAAUAUCCCAGAACAACUGUCAUGUGAAUCAGAAAAGUAUACUGCAAACAUAAAGAAAGUGUUGGAUGAGGAUUCUGAUAGGAUUAGUCCUGAAGAGCAUCUACUUUCUGGCAUUACUGAUUUAUGUCUUCAGGAUUUGCCUUUAAAGGAACGAAUAUUUAUAAAAUCAUCAUAUCCUCAGGAUAGUCUACAGCCAGAUGUCAACCUGAAAACUUUGUCCAUACUUAGUGUAAAAGAACCUUAUAUUGCUAACAGUGGUUCUGAUUGUACAUCACAUCUUUCAAAGGAUCUUCCAGGAAUUCCCUUGCAAAAUGAAUCCAGAGACUCUAAAGUUCUAAAAGGAGACCAACUGCUUCAGGAAAACUCUAAAGUCAAUACUUCUGUACCUUAUUCUAUCAGUAACACAGUAGUAAAGACCUGCAAUGUUAGAUCACCAAGUAGUGCUUUAGAUCAUAGUAGAAAAGUUGAUACGCAAACCACUCAGAAAAUUUUAAUGAAGAAGAGUGUUUGCCUUAACAGACAUUCCUCUGAUGAACAAAGUGCCCCAGUGUUUGAGAGAGCUAAGUACACAACUCAAAGAAUGAAGCACAGUUCUCAAAAGCAAAAUACAUCCCAGUUCAAAGAAAGUGGCCACAACAAGUUGGGUAGCCCUAAGAUACAUAUUAAAGAAAGUGAACAGUGUGUCAGAUCUUAUAAAACAGCUGAAAAUGAAGAAAGCUGUUUCCCAGAUUCAGCAAAAAGUUCUCUGAGUUCUCUACAAUGUCAUAAGAAAGAAACCAACUCUGUUACUUGUUUGGAUAGUCCUCUUCCUUUACUCCAGAGAUUAAAACUAAGAUUUCAAAGCACUUGAAAGGAACUUUAAAACACUUAAGUGUAACUUAUUAUUUUAGUUCUUCAGCAAUAGCAGAGACAGAGGGAAGGUAUCUAGUUCAUGUGUGGUAAAAAUUUUAAUAUUCUCUAUGUCAUGAAACACCAUUUUAAUCAAAAUUGUGAUUUUAAAAAUGUCGCCUAAAACUCGGGUUUUAAAAGAUCCUCUGUAUUGAAAACUUCUGAUAAUGCAUGUCAUUAUUAUGUCCUUAUUAUUCUUUAAUUGUGGUUUUAAAAUAUUGGUAUAGUACUUGACAGAGUAAAUGCUUCAUCUCUUUGUU